AUGGAGAACUCAUUAACUCAAAGGAGUAAAACUUUAAUCGCUAUAGCGGCCGUUGCUGGGGCUGCUGCCAUUGGUGCAUCAUUGUAUUAUUAUUCUACCCCAAGUGUAGAAACUCCAAAAAAGAAAAAAACCAAAUCAAAGAAGAAAGAAGAAGAAAUCAAACAAACUAUCUAUCCAGUAGAUAAAAAUGGUGUACCAACUUUAUCAGAAGAUGUUAUCAAAGGAUUGACUGAUAAACAAAAAGAAGAAUGGUCAAUGGCAUUAAAAGAAGAUGGUAAUGCUAAAUUCAAAAAUCAACAAUUUAAAGAAGCUAUUGAAUAUUAUACUUCCGCUUUACAAUUAAAAGAAGAUCCAGUUUUCUAUUCAAAUAGAUCCGCAUGUUACGUUUCAUUAGAAGAUCACGAAAAUGUCAUUAAAGAUACUACUGCAGCCAUUAAAUUAAAACCUGAUUAUUCCAAAUGUAUUUUAAGAAGAUCUCAAGCUUAUGAAAAAAUUGAAAACUAUGUUGAUGCUAUGAUGGAUUUAACUGCUUUAUCAAUCUAUGGAGGUUUCAGUAACAAAUCAGUUGAAGGAUUAUUAGAUAAAACUUUAAAGAAAUUUGCCCUCAAAUUAGUUGAAGAAAAGAUUAAACUUCAAAAACCAGAUUUACCAUCAGCUUCAGCUAUUGGUUCAUUCUUUGGAGCUUUCAAAUUAGAAACUAAUCCUGAAGGAAUCAGUGAAAAUUCUGAAGGUGGUGAUAAAUUAUUAUUCGAAGCUAUUAAAAAGAUUAAAGAAAAUACUAUCGAAGGUUAUAAUGAAGCAGAUAAAUUAAUUGAACAAGCAUGUGAAGCUUAUGAAGUUUUAACAAUUUCUAAAGAAAACCCUUCUGCUUCUAAAGCUACCAUUGCUUUAGAAUAUUCAUCAUUAUUCAAAUUCUUAAAAUCCUUACCAAUUGAAGCUUCUGGUGAUUUAGCUAAAGCUUUCAAUUUAAAACCAACUGCUAGAACUUAUGUUAUCAGAGCUAUCAUAAAAGCUGAUCAAAACAAUUUCAAUGAUGCCCAAAAUGAUUUCAAACAAGCUAUCAAAUUAGAUGGUGAAAAUGGUGAUGCUUAUUACCAUGCUGGUCAAAUUUAUUACUUAAGUGGUGAUUUAGAUACUGCUUUAGAAUACUACGAAAAAGCUAAAGUCCAUAAUCCUUCAAAUAUUUUCGCUUUCAUUCAAAGUGCUUGUAUUACUUAUAAAUUAGGUAAAAUUAAAGAAAGUGAAGAUAAAUUUACCGAAGCUAAAUUAAAAUUCCCAACUUCUCCAGAAAUUCCAAAUUAUUAUGGUGAAUUAUUAAGUGAUAGAGGUGAUGUUCCUGCUGCUUUAAAACAAUUUGAAACUGCUGCUAGAUUACAAAAAGCUUUACCAAACUUCUCCGUUGGUGCUUUACCUUUAAUCAAUCAAGCUGCUUUGAUUUCUAGAGAUAAUUUAGAAAAAUUCGAUGAAGCUGAAAAAUUAUUAAGAGAAGCUUGUGAAAUCGAUCCAAAAUCUGAAUUAGCUAGAAUCUCUUUAGCUCAAGUUGUUUUACAAAAGGAAAGUUUAGAUGAAGCUAUUGACUUAUUCGAAGAAUCAGCUAACUUGACUAAGAACUUUGAUGAAAAAGUUCAAGCCACUCAAUUUGCUGAAGCUACCAAGAUUCAAAAAAGAAUCAGAGCUGAUCCUGUAUUAACUGCUAAGAUUGCUGAAGUUAUGAGACAACAAAUGGUUGGAAUUAAUCCUUAA